AUGCCGACGUCCCUCUUGCUCCUCUCCUUCCUCACCCUCGCCUCCCUCCCGGCUGUCACCCUCGCGGCCCGCCCCAAAAACGCCAUCCUCUUGUCUGAGGUCCAAUCCCUGACCCUGCACGCAAACCGCAAGACGACCUCGCGGCGGGUGCCCGCGAUCCCGCAGCUGCGCUGCACGUCCGCGCCGGCGCUGUGCCGCCUGGCCGACGUGCGCACCCUGCGCUGCACCAACCAGGGCGCCUCCUACACGGCGCAGGACGUCGAGUGGGCGUGCACCGCGCCCGGCGGCCUGCCGGCGGCCGUGCGCCUGGACGCGACCGAGGUCAUCUGCGAGGGGUACGAGUCGGCCGACGACGCGUACGUGCUGCGCGGCAGCUGCGGCGUCGAGUACACGCUUCGCUUGACUGAGGAGGGUGCUAGGCAGUAUCCCGAGCUGGCGAGGCUGGGCGGUGGUGGGAUUGACUGGACGGAGUAUGUGUUUGGGGCCGUGAUUGUGCUGGUGGCCGCGUGGAUUUUGUGGAGUACUUGCGUGACGGGAAGGGGGAGUGGGAGGCGGCUUGGGGGAGGAAGGAGGAGUGGUGGUGGUGGUGGCGGUUGGGGAGGAGGAGGUGGUGGUGGAUGGGGCCCGGGUUGGGGCCCCGGAGGAGGCGGAGGAGGAGGAUGGGAUGAUCCGCCGCCACCGUAUCCCGGGCCGGGGCCGAAGCCGUCGUCGUCGUCGACCACGGAGCAGGCGUGGAGGCCUGGGUUCUGGUCGGGCCUUGCGAGCGGUGCGGCAGCCGGGUACAUGGCGGGCAGUCGCGGGCAGCGGAACGACAACGAACGGUACUACGGGCGCCGCGGCGGGCUUUGGGGCGGCGAUGGCGGCGGCUUUGGAGGUUGGGGCGCGGGCUCGGGUACCGGCUGGACCACUGGCCGGUCGUCAGGCUCGAGCAGCUCGGGAUCUGGCGCGAGGCACGAGAGCACAGGGUACGGAUCCACCAGUCGCCGUUGA